AUGACGCGCACGGUUGUGUCGGUGGUGAUGCUGUGCAUCUUGGCAGCAACCGUGAUUGCUGAAGAUCCAUACGUGUACUACACAUGGAAUGUGUCGUAUGGCACCAUUUCUCCAUUGGGUGUUCCACAACAAGCUAUCCUCAUCAACAACCAGUUUCCAGGCCCUGAGAUCAAUGGCUCCAGCAACAACAACAUUGUUGUCAAUGUCUUCAACAACAUCGACGAGCCCCUCCUCUUCACCUGGCAUGGUAUCCAGCUGAGGAAGAAUUCAUGGCAGGAUGGUACCCCUGGAACAAUGUGCCCCAUUCAACCAGGCACCAACUUCACCUACAAGUUCCAGGUGAAGGACCAGAUCGGUUCCUACUUCUACUUCCCCACCAUUGGCCUUCAGAGAGUUGCUGGUGGAGUCGGUGGCCUGAGAGUGUUCAGCAGGUUGUUGAUCCCAGUUCCAUACCCAGAUCCCGAGGAUGAGUACUGGUUCAUCAUCGGUGACUGGUACACCAAGAGCCACAAGACUCUCCAAGGCUUCCUUGACAGCGGCCGCUCCAUCGGAAGGCCCGACGGCGUUGUCAUCAACGGCCAAACCGCCAAGGGAGACGGAUCCGACAAGCCCAUGUACACAAUGAAGGCUGGAAAGACCUACAAGUUGAGAAUCUGCAACACUGGCACCAAGGACUCCUUGAACUUCAGAAUCCAGAAUCAUCCAAUGACCCUUGUUGAGACUGAAGGCUCACACACCGUUCAGAACGUCUACGACUCUCUUGACGUCCACGUCGGACAGUGCUUCACCACCCUCAUCACCGCCGAUCAGGAGCCCAAGGACUACAUCGUCGUUGCAUCAACUCGCUUCACCAAAUACAGCCUCACCGGAAAGGCCAUCAUCUCCUACGAGGGAUCCAGCACUCCCCCUUCACCUGAUCUUCCACCUGCUCCCGUUGGUUGGGCCUGGUCUCUCAACCAGUUCAGGUCCUUCAGGUGGAACCUAACUGCCAGCGCUGCAAGGCCUAACCCUCAGGGUUCUUACCACUACGGUCAGAUCAACAUCACCCGCACCAUCAAGAUCGUCAACUCUGUCUCCAGGGAAGGUGGUAAGCUCAGGUACGCCAUCAACGGUGUUUCCCACGCCGAUCCCGAUGUUCCAUUGAAGCUCGCUGAGUACUACGGUUACGCCAGCAAGGUCUUCGACUACAACCUCAUCAGCGAUAACCCCACCGACGUCAGCAAGAUCACCGUUGCACCUAACGUCCUUAACGCCACCUUCAGGGACUUCAUUGAAAUCAUCUUCGAGAACCACGAGAAGAGCAUCCAGUCCUACAACCUCGACGGUUACUCCUUCUUCCUCGUCGCCAUGGAGCCAGGAAGGUGGGACGAAUCAAAGAGGCAGAACUACAACCUUCUGGAUGCAGUGAGCAGGCACACAGUGCAGGUGUUCCCCAAGUCAUGGUCAGCAAUCAUGUUGACAUUCGACAACGCGGGAAUGUGGAACAUGAGGUCUGAGAAUGCUGAAAACCGCUACUUGGGACAACAGAUGUACUUCAGUGUUCUUUCUCCAGGAAAAUCAUUGAGGGAUGAGUACAAUCUUCCUAUCACUCAGCAAACCUGCGGUUUCCUCAAGGACCUGCCUGUACCAGCACCCGUUUACAGCUAG